AUGCUCCAAUUUUUCGAGAUGUUGGGUAACUCUUUGGCGAUCUUCCUCUCGAAAUCCCCUCGUGACAUCCUAGACUCUUUCAUCGAUAAGAAGAUCGAUUUCUCAGCGAAUUUCAUCUAUUUUCUCGAAAAGCUGCUGCCCCAGAGCUUUGAUAAUCUCAAGCCUACUAUGCUCCUCGCAUUCAUCCAGCGCAUCUAUAACACAUAUCAGUUCGCCUCCCUCUGCGUUCGCAACGACCCGGGUCUAUUUGAUUCACUGCCUCCUUCGCGGCCAACGAGGUCGGUGAAGAUGUGA